CGCCGGGAAUCGGAGGGGGAGGCUGGCUGCUGGCGCGGGGCACGCCGGGAAGAGCAGGGCGGCUGUGGUUCGGGGGACCCUGCUCUCAGGGCUCCAGCUUCCUUCGCGGCGAAGGCGAAGGCGGCCGUUGGGCGGGGAUGGCGGACGCGGCGGCCUCCCCGGUGGGGAAGCGACUCCUGCUCUUGCUGGUGGCUGGGCAGGGAGAGAGCGAGGGCACGGAGCCUGGGCCUGGGCCUGCGCUCCCCUCCCGGGCCUGGAGGAGCGGCACCGUCAGGGCCAUGAGCGGCGCUGUGCCCCAGGACUUAGCGAUAUUUGUGGAAUUUGACCGGUGCACUUGGAAGCAACAUGCUUGGGUAAAGGUUCAUGCAGAGGAAGUGAUAGUUCUGAUGCUGGAAGCAUCUCUGGUAUGGGUCCCUCGAAAUGAGCCAAUUCUGCUUCAAGGAACUAGAGUAUCAGUUGAGCAUUGGCCUGCAUUGACUUUCACUCCUUUAGUAGAUAAGCUGGGUUUAGGUACUGUGGUUCCAGUAGAAUCUCUUGUAGACCGUGACUUGAGAUUCCUGUCUGAUGCCAGUGAAUUAAGUCACUUCCAGAUGGCAACAGAAAGUCAGAACCACCUUCUUCAGCAACAGCCUGUAUUGAGGGAAGCUGUCAAUGCAUUGAUCAGUGACCAGAAGCUCCAGGAGAUAUUUAGCAGAGGUCCUUACACCAUCCAAGGGCAACGUGUAAAUGUAUAUCAGCCAGAGGAAGAAAAUAGUUGGGUCUCUGCUGUUGUGAGCUGUCAAGAUCCUAUGACUCGUCUGAUGGAGGUGGUUUUGACUGAGACUGGUGAAAUCAAGUCAGUGGAUCCCCGACUGAUUCAUGUAAUGAUGGACACUUCUCCUUUGAAUGAGGGAGGUUCUCUAAAGGGAGCUAAAUCCUCAAAGGGGAAAAAGAAGAAAGAGGGCAUGGAUGGGAAAGAUGGACGAAGGCGGAAAAAUGCUUCUGAGGCUGGGUGUGAUCAUGCUACAAAGAAACUCAAGGAGAGGGGUGAAGUGGAUAGUAAUGGAAAUGAUGGAGGUGAGGCAACCAGGGGAGCUUGGAAAGGAAGCAUCAGUGGUGACACAGCUCUGGAUCCCAAAGCCAAGCAGCUACCCACUUCUGUUCCUCAAAUUAAUCGUAGUAUACGUUUUGCCACGUACACAAAGGAAAAUGGCCGAACUCUUGUGGUCCAAGAUGAACCAGUAGGUGGUGACACACCUGUGCCCUUCACUUCCUUUUCUUCAGCUGCUGCCCAAGCGUUGCUGAGUGGAGCUGGAAGUCAAGAGAUGGCAAAACCCUUGGAGCAAGCCAGCCUCAGUCCAUUGGCUGCCUCUGCAGUAGCUACAACAGCUGGACCAACGUCAACAACUGUGAGGACAUCAGAUGCUGGCCUGUCAGCAGUUACUGGGCAGGAAAAACAGAAAACAGGCUGUUUGCAGUCCCAGCGAGAGAGUUCCCAAAAUUUAAUGUUGGCUUCUCCAGGAUUUGGAGUGGCACAAUCAAGUGCUUCUCAAUCUUUGGUGUUUGACAGUGGGCGAAGCCAGUCCAAUGGAGUACUUGCUUCAGAGAAGAAGCCUGUUGGAUUUUCAUUUGGUAGUAGCACUGGUCAUGAGGUUCAGAAAGAUUCUGAUUUGUCAAAGAACUUGUUUUUUCAGUGCAUGUCUCAGAAUCGUCCCUCCAGUCAUUAUUUCACAGCCUUAUCUGAGAAUCUGGCUGAAGAACCUGCAAAUGAGGACUCAUUAAAAAAAAGUACAGAGAAUUUGAGUUUGGGCAUCUGCAAAAGCAAAUCUCUUACAGGAGAAGCUAAACUUGGGACUCAGUUGGGCACUUCGGUGGAGCGGAAGCUGCCAGGGGAGUCUAUGCCCACCCUUACGCCAGCUUUUCCACGAAACCUCUUGAGCACUCGACCUCCAGAUAAUCAUGAGAAUCUUUUUUUGCAGCCUCCAAAACUGUCACGAGAGGAACCAUCAAACCCUUUCCUGGCAUUUGCAGAAAAAUCAGAACCCAGUUCUUUCAGUAGUUUUGCUUCCUCAUCUCAACCAGGAGUAUCUGCUACUCCUCCUUCAGUUCUUGGUUCCAAGACAGCUUCUAGCUGGCCAGAUUUGCACACCUCAGCUGACUCUUUAGCUAAAAAGAAAAGCUUGUUUAUAACAACAGAUUCCUCCAAAAUGCUCUCCAGUGCUCCUACUUCAACUCUCUUUGCCAGUGUUCAGGGCUCAUCUACACUGGGGAAUGGCCGUUCCAACUCACCUGUCAGCAGCCUGACACAGCCUAUUGAAAUGCCCACACUCUCCUCCAGUCCUACAGAAGAAAAGCCAUCUGUUGGGCCUGGGCAGCAGGACAAUCCUCUUAUGAAAACUUUUUCCAAUGUGUUUGGCAGACAUCCGUCUGGCUUUUUCUCAUCACAAGCAGAGCAACUGCCAGAGCACAAAGCCCCCUUUGAAACUGUGAAAAGGUUCUCUCUCGAUGAACGGAGCAUGCCAUCUAAGCAGGAUUCUGAUUCCAGUACCAAUAGUGACCUCUCUGACAUGAGUGACUCUGAGGAGCAGCUGCACACCAAAGCUUGUCUGAAGGGAAUCCCAGAGCAUCUGAUUGGGAAACUGGGUCCCAAUGGCGAGCGGAAUGCUGAACUAUUAAUGUGCAAGGGAAAAGGGAAGCAAGCCCCGAAGGGCAGGCCUCGCACAGCCCCCCUCAAAGUUGGCCAGUCUGUACUGAAAGACAUGAGUAAGGUGAGGAAGCUGAAGCAGUCAGGGGAACCAUUCCUCCAAGAUGGCUCCUGUAUCAAUGUGGCUCCUCACCUGCACAAAUGCCGAGAGUGCCGGCUGGAACGCUACCGAAAGUUCAAGGAACAGGAACAGGAUGACUCCACUGUGGCCUGUCGCUUCUUUCACUUCCGCAGACUGAUAUUUACUCGGAAGGGUAUUCUACGAGUGGAGGGAUUCUUGAAUCCCCAGCAGAGUGACCCAGAUGCUAUGAGCUUGUGGAUCCCAUCAUCAUCCCCAGCAGAAGGGAUUGACCUAGAGACUUCUAAAUAUAUCUUGGCCAAUGUUGGGGACCAGUUCUGUCAGCUAGUUAUGUCUGAGAAGGAGGCAAUGAUGAUGGUGGAGCCACAUCAGAAAGUGGCCUGGAAGAGAGCUGUACGUGGUGUGAGGGAGAUGUGUGAUGUAUGUGAAACAACACUCUUCAAUAUUCAUUGGGUAUGUCGCAAAUGUGGCUUUGGAGUAUGUCUGGAUUGUUACCGUCUCAGGAAAAGCCGUCCACGCAGUGCUAAAAACUCUGAUUGUCUUUCUGGUUCAGAAGCAGAGGAUAUCGGUGAUGAAGAAGUAUUUGCGUGGCUGAAAUGUGCAAAGGGACAGUCGCAUGAACCAGAGAAUCUCAUGCCUACACAGAUCAUCCCUGGCACAGCGCUAUAUAAUAUUGGAGAUAUGGUUCAUGCUGCACGUGGUAAAUGGGGAAUCAAAGCUAACUGUCCAUGUAUUAACCGGCAGAACAAAUCUGUAUUGCGACCUGCAGUUACCAAUGGAAUUUCACAGCAGUUGCCCAGUAUGAAACCUGGUGUCUCAACUUCUGGAAAUGAAAGCACAUUUUCUAGUGGCACAGGGACAACAGAAGGUGGGGAGUUGGACACCAAUGUUGUUCCUAAGUCUGAAGUUACAGAAGGUAUAGCUGAGGACUCUAUAAAGACAGAGGUUCCAGCAACCAGCAACAGUGGGGAAACAAAACCGAGUAAGUCACUGUGUCCUGAAACAAGUCCCUCAUCAGCAUUGCACUGGCUUGCAGAUUUAGCAACCCAGAAGGCAAAAGAGGAAACUAAAGAAGCAGGUUCUCUAAGGUCAGUGCUCAAUAAAGAAUCCCAGUCACCAUUUGGAGUGGAGUCAUUCAACUCUAGUGCUAAGGCAUCCCCUUUAACCCCAAAGCUUUUUAAUAGUCUUUUGUUGGGGCCAAUUGCUACAAGCAACAAGACAGAAGGUUCCAGUCUUCGUGAUUUGCUUAACUCUGGCCCAGGAAAGCUGCCCCAGGCCUCACUUGAAACAGGAAUCCCUUUUCCUCCUGUCUUUUCUGGAGCUUCCACUGGGACCAAGAGCAAAGCCAGUUUGCCCAACUUCCUUGAUCAUAUUAUUGCCUCUGUUGUGGAAAAUAAGAAGACAUCUGAUGCAGCCAAGAGAGCAAGCAAUUUGGCUGACACACAUAGAGAAGUGAAAGAAAUGGUAAUGGGAUUGAAUGUGCUCGAUCCACACACUUCCCAUUCUUGGCUCUGUGAUGGAAGACUUCUAUGUCUACAUGACCCCAGCAACAAAAACAACUGGAAGAUCUUCAGGGAAUGUUGGAAACAGGGCCAGCCUGUUCUAGUUUCGGGUGUUCAUAAGAAGCUGAAGCCUGAACUCUGGAAACCAGAAGCGUUUAGCCAGGAAUUUGGAGAUCAGGAUGUAGAUUUGGUCAACUGUAGGAACUGUGCCAUAAUCUCAGAUGUUAAAGUGCGUGACUUCUGGGAUGGUUUUGAAGUCAUUUCUAAGCGUCUUAGAGCAGAUGAUGGACAGCCUAUGGUAUUAAAAUUAAAAGACUGGCCUCCAGGAGAAGAUUUUAGAGACAUGAUGCCUACAAGGUUUGAGGAUCUAAUGGAGAACCUUCCUCUCCCAGAGUAUACUAAGAGAGAUGGGAGACUGAAUCUGGCAUCUAGGUUACCAAGCUACUUUGUGCGACCUGAUUUGGGUCCCAAAAUGUACAAUGCAUAUGGACUUAUAACUGCAGAAGACAGAAGAGUUGGUACCACCAAUUUGCACUUGGACGUAUCAGAUGCUGUUAACGUUAUGGUGUAUGUCGGAAUUCCCAUUGGGGAAGGUGCUCAUGAUGAUGAAGUGCUAAAAACCAUUGAUGAGGGAGAUGCUGAUGAUGUUACAAAACAGCGGAUCCAUGAAGCAAAAGAAAAGCCAGGGGCAUUGUGGCACAUCUAUGCUGCUAAGGAUGCUGAGAAGAUCAGAGAGCUUCUCCGGAAGGUUGGUGAAGAACAAGGUCAAGAAAAUCCUCCAGAUCAUGAUCCAAUUCAUGAUCAAAGCUGGUACUUGGACCAGACCCUACGUAAGCGUCUAUAUGAGGAGUAUGGAGUUCAAGGCUGGGCAAUAGUGCAGUUCCUGGGAGAUGCUGUAUUUAUUCCUGCGGGGGCCCCUCACCAGGUUCAUAACUUGUAUAGCUGCAUCAAAGUAGCAGAAGACUUUGUAUCUCCUGAACAUGUUAAACACUGCUUCCGUCUAACCCAGGAAUUCAGGCACCUAUCUAACACUCACACAAACCAUGAGGAUAAGCUGCAGGUGAAGAACAUUAUCUACCAUGCAGUCAAAGAUGCUGUUGGCACACUAAAAGCUCAUGAAUCCAAACUGGCUAGGUCUUAGGAAUUGGUGGUUCCAAACCCUUCUAUGGAGUCAUGUUUUUUGCUCACAGUAUAGAAAGGGAGUGCACAUGCCUGCUUCUGCAGGAGCCAGAGGCCUCUCACUAAGAGAUGCCAUGGCAUUCAUUACACUCUCCAGCCACUGUCUUCUGUGCUGCCUCAGUACUGAAUGUCUAAAGAAAGGUCACUAUAACACAGGAUUCCUGACUAAUGAGAGGUGCUUUGUCCCUUUCCUGUGGCCUUUUGCAAAUCGAUAUUGUAUGGAAAACCAUGUGGUUUUCCUGCAUAUUAUGAAAUAGAAAGUGUGAACCUUUUUCAUGCCUAGUUAGUGUUUCCAAGAAGUUAGAAAGGAUGAUGUGAAGAUGGACAUUCUAUUGCAGACUUAAAUAGCUAGCUCUGAAUGUGUGUGACCACCAGGAGCCCAGCUACCAAAACACAGAUGCUAGUCCUCCCAAGUCUGACACAGGCCAAGGAAAAAAGAGAAAUUGUUCUUCAUGCUCCCCUUAACAGUUCUUUGUACACUGUAGAAACACAGAAAGAAAGAAAGAAACCACUGUUUUUCCCAAAUGGCUCCAGGAUUUUUAAAUUGUGUAUUUAGUGAGAAACUAGGUUUGUAGUGAAACAGUAUUUCAUGAAAGUAGAUAUUUUUAGAAUUUGAAAUACCACAACUGUUCCUGGAUUACAAGGAAAGGCACACUGUGUUUAGUCUUCCUUUCGAUAAAAUAUUUUAGGAAACAAUUCUUGGAAAUAAAUUCAGAAUAGCACAAUUGGCCAGAAAAGAACUCAAAAGAAAUUGAUUUUCAACACCAGUUUUCACAAAGAUAGAAAUAAAGGUGGGGAAAAGAACUUUUAUGUUUUGGAGAUGUUGUACAUCUCUCCCUAAAUAGCUAAAUAAGGCAAUAGUUCACUGUUUGUCAGUUUUAGAUUGGGAUUACUACUUCUCAGACCUAAUUUUCAAUAUCGGCUUUGUCCAGAAAUCUUUUCAAUAAAAUGUUCCUGCUUGAUAGAGUUGUAUUGAAAAUUGUCACCAUUGAACUGAUGGUUUCCAUUGUUUGACUGUUCAUUGGGACUAUAUCUACCUUCUAUCCAGCUGUACUGUAGUGCCACCUGCAGGCCUGUUAAUAUGUUCACGGUUAUUUCAUUUUUUAAAAAAUAAAAUUCAUUUACUGUA